AGAGAUUCGAAAGCCUGAAGAAAUCCUCAAAAGGAAGUCAUUUAGAAUAAAGAAUAACGAAGACAAAAGAAGUGUAGACAUUAAGAAACCUCAAGCUAUAUCUACGAAACCUGUUUGUUAAUAUGGCGCAACUAAAUACACCUUGUGUGGCGCUGGAUUGCGAAAUGGUUGGCGCUGGUCCAUAUGCUGAGACUGACAUGCUUGCUCGAGCAUCAUUAGUUAACCUGGAAGGAGAAUGCAUCUACGACCAAUAUGUGAAGCCAAGACAAAAGGUCACAAGUUACAGGACACGGGUCAGUGGAAUAACCCCGGAUUUACUCGUUGACGCUAUGGACUUCAGAACUGUACAGAGAGAUGUCGCUGCCCUCCUCAAGGACUCCAUACUUGUGGGACAUUCUGUGAAUCAUGACUUAGACGUUCUAGAGCUUAAACAUCCAGAAGCGAUGACACGAGACACAGCUUAUUAUCUACCCUUCAUGAGGCAAAAUAGGAACCGUUCUCCAUCUCUGAAAAUAUUGGCCCAAAGGGAACUUGGACUUAGAAUCCAGCAAAAUGACCAUAAUUCGGUGACUGAUGCACAGGCUACGAUGGCAAUUUACAAGAAACACAGGAGAAACUGGGAGCGAAAAUUGUGAGAAGGAGGAAGAAGAGAAUUACAGUGAAUAAAACAAUGGAGAAAGGACGAAGCCAAAUAGCAGCAAUAAUGAUGAUGAUGAUGAU